GCCACUUCCCCGCUUCUGCCGGACACAAAGCGGAUUAUCGCUCUUCCUGUAACCCUCUGUUACAGCUACAUCCGGUCAAAAAACCUAGAAAGGAGCACCUCAGGUCUAUUGAGCGAAUCUACUAUCCUCACUCACACGAAUUUUGGGAAUCCUGUAUCCUUUCCCUGAGAAAGGGAUGCAACCAAACAGGGGUUUUCUGCCGCCUUACGUACAACCAAUCAGAGUGUUCGAUUCACGCCGGGCCCGCCCUCUUCCAGUACAACGAAGCCACCUAUUGGUUACCGGCUUGUCGGUAACUUGAGAGGGAUUCAGGCGCCACGUAGCAAGCUGACGCUCAAACUCAGCCCGCCGAGGAGUCACUACUGUGGAUCUGACACAAUAAGUGAGUUGUGAAGCAAGAUAACAAUUUUGAAGGAAAUUGUUGCUGCUCCACAAUCUGCAGAGCUACUUCAGUAGCACAACAGUGUUUCCGCUUGUACCAACAUGCACCCAACACGACAGCGUGGCUGUACGGGAAUGUGUGGAGUCUACAGGGAUAUCCCCUCCGUCUCCGCCGAAGACCACUGGAAACUAAUUUUUCCCUCCUUUAAACUUCCCUGAGAGAGAGAGACUGAUCCUGGUCGGCUUUUUUUCUCUUUCUGUGGUGUGGAGAACUAGGCUGAAGCCUGUAGUUUGAAAAGGACUUUGACAACGAACCAGGAUGCCCCAAAAAGAAUACCACAACCAAGCCACGUGGGAGUCUGGAGUAGCCUCAAUGAUGCAGAACAAGGUGUAUGACAUCUGUGAUGAAGGUCACAGUGGCGUAAACCAGCUUGGUGGUGUGUUUGUUAAUGGUAGACCGCUACCGGAUUCCACCAGGCAGAAAAUAGUUGAACUUGCUCACAGUGGUGCUCGACCCUGCGACAUCUCCAGGAUACUGCAGACCCAUGAUGAAGUCCAAGUGCUGGACAGUGAAAAGGUAUCCAAUGGCUGCGUGAGCAAGAUCUUGGGAAGAUAUUAUGAAACUGGCUCCAUAAGACCAAGAGCGAUAGGCGGCAGCAAGCCCAGGGUUGCCACUCCGGAGGUGGUCGCAAAAAUCGCCCAGUACAAACGAGAGUGUCCGUCUAUCUUCGCGUGGGAGAUCCGUGACAGACUUCUGUCGGAGGGGAUCUGCACCAACGACAACAUACCCAGCGUGUCAUCGAUAAACAGAGUCCUUCGCAACCUGGCUAGUGAAAAGCAACAGAUGGGCGCAGAUGGCAUGUAUGACAAGCUGAGAAUGCUCAACGGUCAGACAGGAACUUGGGGGACCCGGCCCGGCUGGUACCCCGGAACAUCAGUGCCAGGGCAGCCCAACCAAGAUGGUUGCCAACAACAGGACGGCGCAGGAGAAAACACAAACUCCAUCAGCUCGAACGGGGAAGACUCAGAGGAGACACAGAUGCGUCUGCAGCUCAAGAGGAAACUACAGAGAAAUCGCACUUCAUUCACACAGGAGCAGAUUGAAGCACUGGAAAAAGAAUUUGAAAGGACUCACUACCCAGAUGUUUUCGCGCGAGAGAGACUAGCUGCGAAAAUCGACCUGCCAGAAGCAAGAAUACAAGUAUGGUUCUCAAACAGAAGAGCGAAGUGGAGGCGAGAGGAGAAGCUGCGGAACCAGCGCCGGCAGGCCAACAACUCCUCCAGUCACAUUCCCAUCAGCAGCAGCUUUAGCACCAGCGUGUACCAGGCCAUCCCACAGCCCACCACGCCGGUGUCCUUCACCUCGGGGUCAAUGCUGGGUAGACCUGACUCUGCACUCACAAACACCUACAGUGCACUGCCCCCCAUGCCCAGCUUCACCAUGGCAAACAAUCUACCUAUGCAACCCAGCCAGACCUCCUCUUAUUCCUGCAUGCUGCCUACCAGUCCGCCUGUGAAUGGGCGGAGCUACGACACAUACACGCCCCCUCAUAUGCAGGCACAUAUGAACAGCCAAUCAAUGACCACUUCUGGUACCACCUCAACAGGACUCAUCUCUCCUGGAGUGUCUGUCCCUGUCCAAGUCCCAGGCGGCGAGCCUGACAUGUCUCAGUACUGGUCAAGACUACAGUAGAGAGAAGAGCUACUUCACCCUGUGACCACCCACUCCACCAUCGCCCUCCGGCAGUGCUCCUCACACACACACGGCACAGGAGAGUAGAGAAGGAGAGUGAGGGUUGAGAGGAGGCAAAGGACAGGAGAGGAGAGGAGGAAAGAGAGAGAGACUCUGGUAGAGCCUUGGGACGUCUGGGCUUUGUUUUUCCAGUGGGACUGUGUGCUGUUCUGUAGCUCCAGGCACAUUCAAACAGACGAGGACUUGGAUGAGAGAACAAGGAUGGAAAGACCGAAAAAAAUGGACCUCUGUAAAGUGCCCGGUGUUAAAUUUUUAUGGAACAAAAACUUAUCUGUUUUUUUUUCUAUUUCCAACUUCAGUCAUUGUUUCCUUUUUUCUCUGGUGUGUUAGUAAAUGGCCAUUUGUAUGUUAAUAAGAAAACCGAGAUCAAGUACUGAUAGAUGGACUGCUAGAAAACCAUGUUGGUCUUGCGUUUGUUUGCGAGAGGAGAGAUUCUGCCAUGACUAUCUUUUUAAUCUGCUUAUAUCGAGACUUUCUACCAGCCUUUGCAUGGUCUCUGGACGCUGUUGCAUAUCAUUAAAGACGAAAAAGCUGGAGGGAAGACUCUUACUGUGUCAGAAAAAAAUAAACUAUUUAUUGGUCUUAUUUCGUACGGAUGGAUAUUUAGCAGAGGAAACUCUAAAAACUCGAUCCACCCACUGAGGCUGUGGUCACCACUCCUCUGUGACUUAUUAAACACGGAUCAACAGCUCAAAGUGUGUGCAAAGACGCUGCGACAUGCAACACAACUUGGACCUCUUGCUUCGGUGGUUGGAUUGACUCUAGAAUACCACGAAGAACAUUAAAUGUGGAAAAACAGGUGUAAAAGAAAACCUGUAGUCUGUAAAUGGUAGACUGCGUCUUCGAUAUAAUCCAGUUUGUUUAUGUCAAAAUGUAAAGUACUUGUCUUCCCUAGAAAUCUUCCAGAAAGAUUUCUUCAAUAAAAGUUGAUUUCAUUUAUAUCCCCGAGAAUAUUCUAUAAAUGUUCCAUGCAUCAUAAAAUACAUUUCUUUAGGGUCAGGUACAAUUUGUCUCUUAGGUAUAGUUGUAUUAUAGUGUCCUAUGGUCAAAAAAUUGUGCAACUAGAAAUAUUUAAUUCCUAUAAUUAUGAUUAAACAUUGCUUGACAGAGUUUUAAACUUAAGUGUUUGGCAGUUGUUUACAAGUACAUAUCAGAUUUAAUCAUUGUUGAUUGUAAAACAGACCAAAGCCUUUGUAUUUCAUCUAGUACACAGUGUUUUUUUAAAGAUAUUAGUCUUGUGUUGCAAAAUUUUUGUAAACACGUUCUGUUCGAUUACAUUGGCUUGGAGUUCGUGCGACUGCAGUCGAACCCUGCAGUCCUUAUUUAUAAUUGAAGACCAUGGGAGGGUUUUUCUAGCAUCAUCUGUCAUGCUCUUUUGAGUUUUUGCAUUUUUAUUUCAGUGUGUUACGUAGAACAUGGACACACACUGGGUUUACGUCUGAGCAAUGCUUCUGAGAUAAAAACGUCUACACGCUGUCUCUUAAAUAUUUCAAUUUAAUUUUAUUUAAAAUGGAGCUUUCUAAAUGUAUUUUGUGAAAACUAUAAAACAUUUUGUACAGUAAAAUUGUGUCUUAAAGAA